ACCUACACGCAGAACAGGAAAUCACACACAGUCAAGAUGGCAGACUUUUUGAAAGGCUUACCAGUUCAUAAUUCUUCCAACUUUAGCAAAUUCCAUACUGAUAAUACUUUUAAAUCUAGUAAAAAGCCAUCAGUGUAUAUUUCAACAAAAGACCACCCAUCAGAACAAGUGAUAACAACUGAGAAGACAAAUAUCUUAUUGCGUUACCUCCAUCAACAAUGGGACAAAAAGAAUGCUCAGGAAGAAGCGGGAUCAGUCUAAAGCAACCUAGGUGACUCGCCCGAC